AUGGGUCUUCGCAAUUGGAUUACGCGACCAAUCAAAGGUCAUCAAAUCGGUGUAGAGGACCUCACAGCUGGAGGCAGUGGUGUUCCUGAAAUAAGGCGGCGGCGAUGGACACUGGCCACGAUCGAUGCCGCGCCCUUUCAGAUCUGGGUGGUUGUAGUCGCGGGCAUAGGCUUCUUGACCGACGCAUUCGGCCUGUUCGCCCUGAAUGUUGUUACCCCAAUGCUGGGCUAUGUGUACUGGCCGCGUAACCUCGACAAUGGUAUGCCAAAUGUACCGUCAGAAGUCAAGACUGCCAUGAUGUGUUCAACACUUGCUGCUACGAUGCUCGGACAGAUAGGAUUCGGCAUCGCCGCAGACUUUCUUGGAAGACGCAAAAUGUACGGACUCGAGUUGGUGAUUAUCAUAGUCGGCACCAUGCUGCUAUUGAUGAGCUCCAACGGCGAGAAAAACAGUAUGGCAAUUGGAGGGUGGUUGAUCACCUGGCGGGCAAUCAUGGGGGUUGGCAUUGGUGCCGACUAUCCAUUAAGUGCGGUUAUCACUGCUGAGUUUGCACCUCGAAAACACCGCGCGCGUAUGUUGAGCUGGGUCUUCUUCGCUCAACCUGUAGGACAGUUGCUCGCCAAUGUCUUAUCGUUAGCAGCAGUGGAAGCAUACAAACCGUGGAUUGAGAAAGAACUACCAGCAUGCCGGGAUGAAGACUUGGAAUGCUUCCGCGCAAUCGAUCGACUUUGGAGGUUGGUAAUAGGCAUCGGUGUUAUACCAGCGACCAUUGCUCUUGCCUUCCGGUUCACGAUCCCCGAAAGUCCAAGGUACACACUGGACAUAUUGCAGAAUACGAAGGAAACUCUUGAAGAUACCGCAAACUAUUUUGGCGCGCCAGAGAUAAACCCAGAGAAUGGUGAUGCCGAGAUGCGGAACAUUGUGCAACAUUCAGCUCCAGCCAGGCCAAUGUCACGGCGUUCAUCUACCUCCUCGGGUAUACCGCCUGAUGAGAUCGUCUACAGCGAUGACGAAUCUGAGCACCGUAACAGCAACGAAGGGAACCGUCCGCAUGAGCCUCAGUCGGCACAGCCAUUACCUGGUGACCCUGACUUCGUUCCUCCACUCGCUUCGUGGGCAGACGCUAGAAACUUCUUCAUCACAGAGAAGAACUGGCAUUACCUCUUGGGGACAUCUUUGGCCUGGCUUUUCCUUGACUUUGCAUUUUACGGAUUGGGACUCUCAUCGCCGAAAAUCGUCAGCCAUAUAUGGGAAGAGAAUCCCGAUAGAAAGCAGUCGGUAUAUGCGACCCUGAGCGGCAACAGCAAACACACUUUAGUCAUGGUCUCCAUCGGCACAGUCGUCGGCGGCCUUUUGAUGAUCAAGAUCGUCAAGUACGUCUCGCCAAAAGUCAUCCAGUUCUGGGGCUUCGUAGUACUUUUCGUACUCUUCAUCGUGACUGGAAGUGCAUGGACAACGCUGUUGGACAACAGCCGAUCCGGACUCAUCAUUCUCUAUGUGCUGAGUCACAUUGCCUUCAACCUCGGACCAAACGUAACCACGUUCAUAAUCCCUGCCGAGAUAUUCCCGACAAGAUACAGAUGUACUUGUCACGGCAUAGCUGCAGCAGCUGGAAAGCUGGGAUCAUGGGUUGUGCAGAUUUUCAUCGCGUACGCCUUCCAAACUGGCAAAGACGGCGGCGGAGGCAACCUCAAAUGGGAGGAACGUCGGGAUUUCGGACACGUUCUGCAGGUCAUGAGUGCGUUCAUGCUUGCUGGAGCAGUGACAACUUACUUCUUGGUUCCUGAGACGAGGGAUCAUGACAACAAAAGUCGGACGAUGGAGGUAUUGGCAUGUGGUAAGAAGGUAAUUGAUGAGCUUAAUCGUCAGCGGAAAAAGGAGGAUGAGGAUGAAUGA